UAAAAUGUUUUAUUUUCCUUUCUUUAGAAAAUUAUGGCGACGAGAUCCCUUCCAACUUGUCUUUGAUGCAACACGGAUUUCACAAGUUGAAUCGGUAUCAAGAGACUGCAGUGAGGGAAGCGCUGUCCAAGCCAUUUACACUGAUCCAAGGCCCACCAGGCACUGGUAAAACCGUAACUGGAGUGCACAUCGCAUACUGGUUCGCAGAGCGAAACAAACGGUUAAAAUCGGGCAAGGUUUUGGAAAAAGACACUGGUGACACUGAAUGCGCUGUAGCAUACAAAGCACCGCCCCAAGUUAUUUAUUGUGGGCCUUCUAACAAAUCUGUAGACGUGGUCGCAGAGUAUCUUUUGAAGAUUCCUAAUCUGAAGGUUCUCCGAGUUUACAGUGAUCAAAUUGAGCAAAAGGAAUUUCCAGUUCCCAACAAGCUGAAGCCACCCAGACCCACAAGGAGUGAGGACGAAUUAAAGAUUUCCAGCGAAAAAAUACGAUGUGUGUCACUUCAUCACGUGAUUCGUGGGCCCGAGUGCCCAUUUUCACAGGAGCUGCGACAAUUUGAAGAGGGAUUCGACCAGAGCAAAGCAAAGAAAGAGAGAAUAGGCCAAAAGGAAGUCAAUGAAUAUUGCGACCUCAUCGGACAGGCCGAGAAAUGGGCUCUUCAAAAAUCUGGAGUUCAGAUCAUUCUUUGCACAUGCGCAGCAUCGGGAAGUCCAAGGCUAACCAAAGCCUGUGACAACAUCCAGCAAUGCAUUGUGGAUGAGUGCGGCAUGUGCAUGGAACCUGAGUCACUCGUGCCAAUCACGUGCUCAGGAGCACGCCAAGUGGUUUUGAUUGGCGAUCACAAACAAUUACAGCCCGUCAUUCAGGACCAGGUGGCAAAAACACUUGGUUUGAGUGUGUCCAUGUUCGAGAGGUAUUCUAAUCGAGCUAAGAUGUUGGCGCUACAGUACAGAAUGCACGAUGGAAUAUGUGAAUUUCCAUCAAAACAUUUUUAUGGCGGAAAGCUUCAAACAGCUGACUCAGUCAAGUCACGUGAUCCUAGCCCCGUGACCUUUUGGCCGGCCCAGGUACGUCGGCAGAGGAAUCUUCCAAUAGCCUUCUGUCAUGUUGAAGGACAAGAAGAGUCGUCUGUCAUUAGCACGUCAGAGAGCAAUGAAGAAUCAAAGAGAAACAUGAAGGAAGUCAGGAAGGCGGUUCAAAUCGCCAAAUACCUUGUUAACCGUCACACGCCACGAGUGCGCAAGUCGGAUGUGGUUAUUUUGUCGCCUUACAGAGAACAGCGGAGCAAAAUCACUGAGCUUUUGAAAGGAGCGUACGAGGACAUUCAGGUGACAACUGUCACUAAAAGUCAAGGUAAAAGGAUUGAAAUCAAGCAGAGUGAUACGAUUGAUCUCAUUAAGAAGAGCCUGGUUAAGACCAAAUGCUGGAGACGUGAGUCACUAAAAACUUUAAGAUCACUCACGAUCCCAGGGCCCUUUCUCUCACUUGGCCCCGCCUCCAAGUGAGGGAAACGGCCUGGGAUCGGGGCUGCUUUAAGGCUGGUC